AUGGACAAGGGAAAUUGCUCCUUAUUGACUGAAUUCAUUCUAGUGGGAAUUACCAAUAACCCUAAGAUGAAAAUGACUCUUUUCACCUUGUUUCUAUUUGUUUAUCUAAUUAAUAUUCUGGGAAAUGUUGGGAUGAUCAUUUUAAUCAAACUGGACUCCCAGCUUCACACACCAAUGUACUUUUUCCUCAGCAACCUCUCUUUCUGUGACCUCUGGUAUUCCACAGCAAUUGGACCCAAGAUGCUAGUGGAUACAUUUAGCAAGAAAAAAUCAGUUUCCUUUCUUAAGCUGUGCUCUGCAAUUCUCAUUGCGUGUACAUUUGUAGAUGCUGAGUGUGUGCUGCUGGCAGUGAUGGCCUUCGACAGGUACAAGGCCAUCAGCAAAUCCUUGCUGUAUACAGUCCACAUGUCCAACAGGGUGUGUGCCCUGCUCAUGGCUGGGGUUCACAUGGUGGGAAUGGCAGAUGCUUUGAUACAUACGACAUUGACAUUCCAGUUAUGUUUCUGUGGGUCCAAUGAGAUUGACCACUUCUUUUGUGAUAUCCCUCCCAUUUUACUACUAUCUUGUUCAGAUACACAGGUCAAUGAAUUAGCAAUAUUCAUUAUUUUUGGAUUCAUCGAACUAAGCACCAUUUCAGGUGUUCUUGUCUCCUAUUGUUAUAUCAUCUUAUCAGUCUUAAACAUCCGCUCUGCUGACAGGAGGCUUAAAGCUUUCUCCACUUGUGCCUCUCACUUAACCGUAGUAGCGAUUUUCCAGGGAACUGUACUCUUCAUGUAUUUCCUGCCAAGUACUUCUUAUUCUCUAGAUCAAGACAAAAUGACUUCACUGUUUUACACCCUUUUAAUUCCCAUGCUGAACCCUCUAAUAUAUAGUUUACGGAACAAAGAUGUAAAACAGGCCCUGGAAAAACUGAAAAAUAAAAGAUGGUUUUAA